AUGCCACAUGCGACAGAAUCGGAAUGGGAGCCACCGUCGACAUAUAAAUAUAUCCAGAUCAAAAAGCUUGCGCCAACAUUUGGCGCAGAAGUCACCGGCGUCGACUUCAGCAAGCCUGUGGAGCUUGAAGUGUUCAAGGAGAUUCACCAUGCGAUUACAGAGUACGGAGUUCUCGUCUUCCGCAAAACAGGACUAGAUGAUGAACGCCACGUCGCUUUCUCUCGGUUAUUCGGCGACCUUGACGAUGUGAAACCGUACCUGACGCUGGGGCGCAAGAACCGGUUCGCAUACGACGAGCUUUUUGACGUUUCGAAUCUUGAGGAUGAUGGGUCGCUGGUCCAGGUUGACAGUAAGAGGGAUCAUACGUCUAGGGGCAACUCCCUAUUCCACGUCGACUCGUCAUUCAACCCCCGUCGCGCAAGCUACUCUCUCCUUCGUGCCCACGAGCUCCCACCAGCAGCAUACGGAGGCAACACCGACUUUGCCGACACACGCAGCGCAUUCGACGAAUUACCUGUUUCUCUCAAAACCAAAUUGUUGGAGUCCAAUUACAUCGGCGCCCAUUCACUCUGGCACUCGCGCAAAAAGGCGUGUCCUUCCGACUCGCCGUUUUUGAGUCAUGUCGAUCCCGAGUCGUACCCGUUCGGUCGCCAUCGGAUCGUGCAGAGGCAUGAAGCCUCGGGACGGAUGAAUUUGUAUAUUGCGAAUCAUUUGCAUCAUCUUGAAUAUGAACACGAACACGAACACGAACAUGGUGGGAACGAUGAUGAUGGAUCAGAAAGGGCACGGGAGCGUGUCCCAGAACCCGAAGGCACCGAACUCAUUGAAACACUCUUAUCCCACGCCACACAACCCCAGUUUUUAUUGUCUGUCGAAUGGCAUGACCCCGGAGACCUGGUGAUCUGGGACAACACGGCCGUGAUGCAUCGAGCGGGCGAGUACAAGGGCAUGGGAAAGUAUAGGAGGGAUAUGAGGAGGACGACGGUCCAUGAUGCCUCUGGUGAGGCUUGGGGGUUAAACGAGCGGACGGAGGAGAGGAUGGGCUUGCCGUGA